GGCAACCAAGUGAAGUCAAUCAAGAGUCAGUGCGGCAGCUGUGAACUUCAGCGCUGAAGAACCGAGAACAGCAAAGUGUCCGGCUCCGUUCCUCCAGAGUGACUUCUGUGGAGGAGGAGGGAUUCAGGACUUUAAAAGCAGGAGAACAUGGCGGACAGAAACCGUGACAGAGCCGAGGGAAAUGCAGAGGACACUGAUGAGCUUCUUUACACUGAUCUCAAUGUCAACAGCAGUGUGUGUGACCUGGACCGUCAGCCUCUCAGACGGGACCACUGUGACCUCCUCUUAGACGCCAUCGAUGCUCAGCUUGGUCAACUGCAGGUCCAGUCCAAGAAUCACCAGGGAAUUUUCAGAAAGCAUGACUGCAGCGAUGUUGCCCCUCUUCAGUGGAGUCAAUCUCUGAGCAAAGACACAGGCCUUGGAAGUACAACGCCAACAAAUGACACUCCUAUGUCUUGUCUCGAUUUGAUACACACUCCGGUGACCGAGCAAUUAUUAGAGAGGAGCACAGGCUGCAGCGGAGGUCCUGACACUCAAGAGGAUACUAAAAAGUGGUCUGACAGAGGAACGAGAAACAAAGAAGCAAUGGAGUCUCGGAGAGAGGAGGUCAUCUGGAGACUCGAGAGGCUGCUUGGAGACACCUGUAAAGAGGACACAAUAGCAGGAGAGGCGCAUCCUCCUUCAGACAGUGUCUGCACUGAGGACUUUGCCAGGCGCUUCACAGAGGAGAUGGUGGAAGUGCCGUUGCCAGAGAGUAAAUUUCAACAGUCAGACAGAGAAGAAGAGGCUGAGAGGUGUAAAUUCACUCACAAAACCAGUGUUGUAACAGAACAAGAAAACAAGCAUCACAACGAGAGCUGUUCUCCUAAGGCCAGGUGCUUGGCAGGAGUGCCUGUGAGGGGUUUCGAUGCUGUGUCCAUUGCAAGCGACCUUGACUCAGUCUGUUCAGAGCAGGUCAGAUGGCACAUUCUCACGCGACCAGGAUGGCACUGUCUCAUUCAGUCUGCCGCAGGCCUGGACGAUUACUCCAUCACCCAGAGUGACUAUGACACACUCACACAAGAAGAAAGUGAACCUCAGUCUAUAUCAGGUAAACAAGGUUUGACUGUUUAUUCUUUCAUCUACAGAGUCCACGGUGAGAACGCUUUCAUCUUUAAAUCUUUAAAAGUCCACAGAUCCUCUUUUGGACGUGCACAAAAGAGAAGUCCUUCUGUUUGUAAAGCUCAGCAGAAAAAGAGAGAAAGCUACAGACUUGAGUGUUCCUCGGGUGAUGAUGACAAGGACACAGAUGAGGACACCAACCACUGGAGUGGAAGGUGUAGGUCAGAGAAUACAUCAGUGAAAAUGCAGUCUGCAAAAAUGAAAGAGCGACUCGCUAAUCUCCGACAAAAAUGUGAGAAAGUGGAGGAGACACUAAUGUUGAAGAAAACUCAUUUAAAAGACGUUGAAGUCUGCCUCUCUGAACUUCAGCAGAGGAGAAAGCAUGCCUUGCGGGAAUUAGAGCGACUAAUGGCAGAGAACGCACGGAUUGAGAAGGAGAGGCAGACAAUGGAGUCCGGUCUGAUUGACAGCAGUGUAGAGAGAGACUCUCUCAGUUGCCAACUGAGAAAGUUGCAGAGGCAAAGAGAGUCGUAUGUCCAUGAGAUCAGAGACAUGGAAGAAGAACUUGCAGCUCUGAGUCAACAUAAAAAGACACUGAAGGACGGAUCCUGCAUGGAGAGGAGCAGCGUCAUCAUGUCGGUGCUGGAGAGGGAGGAGAUAGAGAGACAGCUGGACAGUGCAAAAACGGAAUUGUUCGCUGAACAGCGACGUGCAAGAGAGAAGCUUGAGUCCAUGCAAGAGUAUCUUUGGAUAUGUGUUCAUCAAAUGACAUUGGAGCAGAAUUUAGAGCAGACACGUGAGGAACUCCAGAGAGCCACAGAGGCAGAACGCUCACAGAGGAACAGGUGUGCAGGUCUGGAGGAGAAACAGAUCCAGAAAAAGGAGCAAAUUGAGGCGCUUGAGGCUCAAGUAAGUGAGCUGCAGGUUGAACACGGAGAAUGUAAGAUCAGGGUGGGCACUUUGGAGAAGAUGUCGGCCCAGAAGGAGCUACAGCUGCUACAUUUACAGGAACAACAUGGGACUUUACAAGCAGAGCGAGAUGGACUGAAGGGGGAGCUAAAACACCUGACAACCCAGCACUACAAAGCACAGAAGGAGGCCCAGGAACAAGCGUACAGAAUGAUGGUUAAUCAGCAGACUAAAGAGGAGAAAGCAGGUGAUUUGAAAGAACACACUCUGGCUCUCACACGAUGCAUUGAGACCAUGCAAAACUCCAUUCAUCUAAAAGAAGAAGAAGCAAAGAAGCUAAGGAUGUCUCUGGAGCAGCGGAGGGAGGAGGCAAGGAACCGCGAAGAGCAGCUGCACAUAGAAGUCUCUGAAAAGGUGCACAAAGCAAUCGAGGAGGAGAGGAGGAAGUGGGAGACAGAAAAAGUGGAAGCUGUGCAGGUGCACUGUGGGAUACUGGCAGAGCAGAACAGAAAGAGCCUGGAGAGCGCGAGGAGGGAGACGCAGCAAGAGAAGAGUAAAGCACAAGCUCUUCAACAUAAAGUUCUGCAACUAAAAACAAGAAUGCAGCAGUUGGAGAGUGAAAGUUGUGCACAGCAGAGAGAGCAGGAGUCUGUGCUGGCUGUGAUUUGCAAAUCACUGAAAGAGGAGCACCAGGUUGAGCUGCAGGGGUUAAAGAAACAGAUGGCACAGGAGAGUCAGAGGACAGUGCUGCGGCUCGAGCAAGCGGUUCAUCUGGCAGAGAAAGAGGCUGAUGGACUCCAGGUGAUGCUCAAAGUAAGGGAGAGCAGUUCUAACCAAAUCACAGCUGAGCUGGACCAGCAGCACAGGCACUGGGCCCGUGAGCUGGGGGCAGAGUGCCAGCAUGUACAACUCUUACUGGAACAGAGCGGAGCCAAACCAAGUGCCCUGCAACUGCCUGCCAGUCCCACAGUAGCCGAGGCUCUUACAAGCCUGAGAGCACUGAGAGAGCAGUUGGAGCGCUUGAUUAAGCAUCUACACCAGGAGCUUGAUUCACAGAAACAAAGUUCAGAGCAGCUGAAAAAAGACACGGAGCGGGAAUUGAGCACUCAGAGGCAAAAGCUUAGGAUGGAGAAAGAUCAAGCCUUAAACUCUCUUAAGGAGCGUCUCAUUCAGGAGCACAUUGAGGAGUUAAGCAGUCUGACCAGGGCUCAUAUGAGUGGUGGAGGAGCAGAGGGAGGCGGAGUAGCAGCAUCUCUCCGCAAGCAGCUGAAGGCCAAAGACCUGGAGCUGAGGCAGGUUCAGAGGAGCAUGGCUCAGUGGAAGGAACAGACUGCAGCUCGUCUGGCAUGCAAGUUUGAAGAGGAGUUGACAGCUGAACUGGAAAGAAAAACAUCAAAGACUCGAGGGGAGGAACAGAAAAAGUUUGAGAGGCCUGAAGGAGGGAAGACACUUAAUGUGAAGGAAACUCAGAAUUCAGCCUGCUCUCCCUCCCUCCAUGUUGUGGACUCUGCUGCCUCCCAGAGCCCCUCAGACGUGGCUUCAUUCAAGCUUCUACGUUACCUCCAGAGCAGAGUGAAGCAGCUCCGUGUAGAAAACCAGGAAUAUACCUGCAGCCCUUCUCCUCCACACACAGUCCCUUUAGAUUUGCGAGGAUCCUAUCUUACAACAAUGAUGCAAGGCGAAGGCAGUGCUGGCAUUCAGAGCCAGUCAGCAAUCAGGACAGUCUCAAGUUAGACAGAUUAAACCUUACCGAGCGUGUUUGAAUGAACACCAUUCAUGUAACAUACUUUCGAGUCCGGUUCUUGAGAAUUUCAAGCUACUUUUGCCGACUACACAGAUGAAUCAUUCACUGUCAGAUGUACUCGAGGUGCAGAUUAACAAGCAGGUCACGGUGACAAAAGACACAACUGAAGAUUCUGUCAUUCAGUUCACAUUCCUCUGUGUUGAGGCAGUCAAAUGUGUAUGGUUUACGGUUACAGUGAACUGUGAAUGAGUGAUGAACUGACAUUUUUACUGGAGACUGAAGAUCAUGUGAGUAAUGUCAAAUGACCCCAUAAAGCUGACAGUUCUUUGUGGGAAAUCCCUUAUGAUCAUAAAUCUUACAUAAUAUUUAAUUGUAAAAUGAUGUUUCUUGUUGUAAGUUCAAAGAAAAUUGUCAUUACCAUUGACUAUGCCUUUAUACAUCUUUAUCAACUUUGUCAAAUGUUUCAUCUUAAUGUAAAAACUGGGACCAUGUAUGUAUGUAUGUAUGCUAUUAAAUGAGAUUGAGGAGUUGUCACUUAUGGCAUUCCACAUGGGUCAGUCCAGGGACCAUUACUCUUCCUCAUAUACUGUAGGUAAUGAUUAACUAGAUUCCACUGAACUC